AUGGACGAAGCCGUGAGACCCAGCUACAAUCCUAACUUCACGGAUCGUUUGCUUGUAGGCUUCUUCCAUCUCGUCAACAAGUUCGUCCCAUGGCACAAACUCCCCAGCUUGGUCGGCGCCCUCAACUUAGAGGCCUUACGUGUCGAGCUUCGCCAGUACAACUUACACGAUGUCUAUCCUUCUGGAGCCGCCCAGGGCACUCAGUCUACCGUGCCUAUGCCUGACAAGCGAUUCGAGACUGCUCGUAACUCGGAUGGCAAGUUCAACUCGACUGAAAUGCCACUCAUGGGAUGCGCGGGGAUGCGCUUGGGCCGCAACUUUCCCAGGGCCUUUUGCCCGAAGCCUUACGACGAGGAUCUGUGGAAUCCAAAUCCGAGAAUGCUGAGCGAACGCUUCAUGGCACGGAAAUCCUUUAUCCCGGCCACGACGUUGAAUUUGCUGGCAGCAGCGUGGAUCCAAUUUCAGACACAUGACUGGUUCUUCCAUGAGAAUAGCAAGGCGAACUACGACAUCCCCCUCCCUCACGGAGAUAAGUGGCCUUAUGGCAAAAUGGAGCUGCCACAGACAGAACCGGAUGCAGUCCUCAGUGAGACCGACAAAAGAUGCCCUGGCUACAAGAACGUCAACACGGCGUGGUGGGACAGUUCACAAAUCUACGGCUCGAGCGAGGAGGUCACCACCACGCUGCGAAACAAACACAGCGACGGCAAGUUGCUGCUCACCAAAGACUGCCGUGCACAGUUCCUGCCGCGUGACGACCAGGGCAACCCUCUAACGGGCUUCAACAACAACUGGUGGAUAGGCAUGGAGAUGUUGCACACGCUUUUUGCGCUGGAACACAAUUCCAUCUGCGACAUGCUGCGGCGAAACUACCCAGACUGGACCGGCGACCAGAUCUUCGACAAGGCUCGGCUCGUCAACUGUGCGCUGAUGGCCAAGAUCCACACGGUGGAAUGGACCCCAGCCAUUCUCGCCCACCCGACCCUCAAGAUCGGCAUGAGCGCGAAUUGGUGGGGACUCGUCGGCGAGUCCUUGACGAAGAUGCUGGGCCGCAUCUCCAAGACAAGUGAGGUCAUCAGCGGCAUCCCGGGCUCGGGAGUCGAUCACUUCGGCGUGCCGUAUUCCCUCACCGAGGAAUUCGUUUCGGUUUACCGUAUGCACUCUCUGAUUCCGGACACGAUCGCCUUCUUCAACGCACGCGACGGCGAAUUCAAAACCCAGACCGAGGUCAAGCACAUGCUCUUCGGCGACGCCCAGAAACCGCUCGACGGGCCUCUCACCUUCGCUGACGCCUUCUACUCCUUUGGCAUCAACUACCCUGGUGCAAUCACAAACUCGAACUACCCGGACUUUCUCCGCAACCUGACUACCCCAGACGGGCUGCACCGAGACAUGGGCACCGUGGACAUCCUGCGGGACCGGGAGCGGGGGGUACCGCGAUACAACCAGUUUCGACGACUACUGCGCAUGCCGCCGGCCAAGACCUUCGAAGACCUGACCGGCGGCGACACGGCACUGGCUUCGGCCCUCUCAGACGCCUACGGCGGUGACAUCGAGUUGGUGGACACACUGGUUGGGUCGCACAGCGAGCCGGUGCCCGCCGGGUUCGGUUUUAGCGACACGGCGUUUCGCAUAUUCAUCCUCAUGGCGUCCCGACGGCUGAAGAGCGACCGCUUCAUCGCGGGCCAGUGGAACGCGGCGACGUACACGAAGGAGGGCCUGCAGUGGGUGCAGAACACAGGCAUGAAGGAUGUUCUGAUCAGACAUUUCCCCGAGCUGAAGCAGGCGCUGAACAAGAAGAGCCUCAAGAAUGUCUUUGCUCCGUGGGAGAAGUUGCCUGGGUCCGUGUCGUACAAGGGUGUCGAGACAAAUCCGCCACCAAAGAAGAAAAAGUAG